AUGUUCUUCGAUGUGGUCGAUAUGACCACGGCGUACAUUCAGUACAUCACGCUGCUGCUGAACUUGUCCCCCGAGUCACUCCCAUCCUUCUACAGGGAGCCUUUUGUAGUCAUUCGGUACGCGGUCUUUGACUCGUAUCGGAAGGUGGAGGAGGUGCAGCGGUAUAAUAAUCCCCUCCGUGUUGACCUGCCAGACUGGCUCCCACUGGACAUUCGGCUGCAGUACGUCUGCGUCGCCGUCAUAGGGCCACUGGCUCUGUCAACCGUCGGACUGCUGCUCGUGUACGGCAAGCCCGCCUACUUGUGGUUCGUGUGCCUCCUCUCCACCCUCUUCAUGUUUCUCUUCGGCUUCAUCGUGCUGGCAAACAUGGCCGACCUCACCUUUCCUGGAUCGUCGCUGCCGCCCAAGUCGACCCUCAGCAGUCUUGGAGGCGUGGGUCUGCCACUCUUUGUGCUACUGCUAGCCGUGGGUCUUGUUAGCAUGGGUCGCGCCCGUCUGCGGCACCUGCGCAGGGACGCGGUGGAGCUGGAGAAGCUCAUCGACGAGGAGCGACAGCGACGGGAGAGCCUGCCCAUCACGCAGCAACUGGUGGACCGCCAGGGGAUUGACCUUGUCGCCGUGGCAGCGGAGCGGGUCCAUGCCAAGCGCCGCGAGUACCGCAUCACCCACCUCGAUGCUGAGGAUGUGCUGUGGCAGGGUGCGUUUGUGUUGGUGCUGUUGAUGGGGAGUCUUGUGCUGCUUGGCGCGAUACCAAUUCCAGCAAUGCAUUAUAUGCAGCAGAGUAUCGUCUUCAAAGUACUCGGAAGCAUCACGGCUGUGCUCUUCGCCUUCGCGACGGUAUGGUGGACCAUGAGCCUCUUCACGAAAGGGCGCCAGUACCUGUACGUGUGCAGCACUGCCUUCGACCUCCGCGCACUCAGCCUCAUCAUGGUGGUGGCCUCCUUGCUCUACAUUAGCGUCGUCACUCACUUUAUUUCGAUCGUCUACUGCAUGCCGCUGACCUGCGAGGCUGGAUCACGAAUGCCGCACUCCGCCUCCCUCUUUCCGCCGCUCUCCUACGCGACGGACGGAAACAACAUCAGCGACGACUUGUCGGUUGCCCGGUGCCUGUCGUGCGACUUUCACAGCUACCCGCAGAAGUGCUCCACUGCCCUCCAGGAGAACCUGUGCGCCACGUCGCAUCAGCAGUCCCGACUUGUCUACGACACCCGCGUGCCAUGCGACAGCAUGGACGGCUUUUACAUCGCAAGCGGCAUCUUGGUGUUUACGUUCUACAUUCUCUUUCUGCCCUACUUGCAGUUCUACGUUGCGCAGUACGGUGUACGUAUGCUGCAGGACGCUUACCCGCUAGAGCAGCGCUACCAUGACGUCUUCACCCCUGAGGAACUGUACCUACAGAAGGUGCUGUUCUCUGACAAUAGCGCCGCCUUCGCCUACCGCGCCUACAAGCCGCAGUUCCGCUUCUACCGACUCUCCUUCUUACUGCAGAAAAUUAUCCUCGGCGUCGUUGGCUGCGUCAUGCAACGCGGCCAGCAGCGACGUAUUGCUUGGGUCGGCAUGUUGUUCUUCCUGGUAGUCCCGCUCAUCGCGCUGAGCUGUGCCGUGUACCUGCAGCCGUUCUCGCGGCCCACCGAGGCCAUCUACUUCCCCUCGCUGCAAGCAAUGGUAAGCGUGUGCAGUCUCGUAUUCCUUGCCGCCUGGCACUUCGGCAGCGCGGCCGUCCCGCUUGCCGUGUGGAUUAUUCUUCCGCUUGCCCUCGUCGGCGUGCCUGCGAUAACGCUGGGUGUCGGCACGGUGCUGUCGCUGCGUGAGGAACGUCGCUGGAGCGAUAUGCUGGAGAAGAGACUUGCGCAGGGAGUGACGGUGACCUACGCGAGACCGGGUGCGUCCGUGCAGCAAGCGCAGAGCAGCAAUCCACCUCAGCCCAAACCGCGCGUCGGUCUGGUUGCUGGCAUCAUGGAGGCAGCGACGCGUAACAGCGACGCCGGGGUCGGAGACAGCGACACGAAGCAGCAGCCGUCUCGGGAGACAAGAGACGCGAAGAAGCCGGCGGAAGACAGUGAUGGCGAAGAAUUGUGGCAAUGCGGCCCUGGCGACGGUUCACGGAGCCUGAUCACCUUCAGCGACAGGCCUCUGGCGUCGGCAGCCGCAGCAGGUGUCGCCGCGGCCACAGAUGCAAGGGUGGCGGCACUCCCGCAGCACGACAACCCCGAUAGCGAUUUGCUUAGCCGAACAAGCGCAGCCAUGACGUUGAGCCCCGCUUUCCUGACGGCUCGUCAUCAGAAACCGGGGGCAGAGAAGUCCCCAUCACGGCUACCGGCAUCCUCGUCCCCCAUGGAGUACGCGCGCUGCCCUUCGCUGAGUCGUGACAAGACUACGCUGGCACCUACGUUCCUCCCGAGUACUCCUACCACGCUUUCUACCCACACCUCCAUAAGGACGCAGAGCGCCCGUACCCGUCAAGGACUAUCAGCGCUCCUUCAGGCACGGACGUGGUGGGGUUCCCUCAAGGCGUUCAGCCUGAUCGCUGUCGAGACGGUGGCAGCGCCGUUUCUUCUCUUCCGCCACCGCAAUCAGCUGCACUGCCACGAUGUUGGCAGGGACGACAAGCGGGGCGACGAGAUGGUGAGCAUUCGCGGUAGUGAUUGGGGCGCAUCCAUGCCCGCAGCAGUGGGACCAUGCGCCGAGCCUAAAGGGCAACAGCAGCGUCGCUCGGUUAUUGUGGGGAAACCCUCCCUUAUUGUGAGCCUGGCAUCGCUCUUCCAGUGCGCUGGGCGGUCCUCAGCGGCGAAUCCUGCUGUGGUAAACACUGGUCAUCGUGGCAGCAGUGCUUCCUCUGACCAGCCAACAGGUUGCGCCUCAGAGAAGAAGCCAGGGCGGCGUCGGAGGGCCUCGCUCCAGCCACAUCAGCAGAGCGCUACGCACAGCACCAAAGCCGCGCGUGAGGAUGCGGGAAGCGGCGCUGCAGGCGCGCUCCGCGACAGCCUCCCUGCCUUGGCCCCUCCAGCGGUCGCGAACACGGCGCCUGCAUGGCCAGCGAGCGGGCGGCAGCGAAGGCGACAUAGCGCAUCCUUUCUAGUCUCUUCUUUCUGCGCUCAGCUAGUUCAGUUGUGGCCUGGGCAGCCACCGCGAGCCGUGGACAAUCGGGUCGGCGUCACCGCUGGGGAGUACGCGCGGGAGGCCACGGUGGUGUUCGUUCCAUCCCUCUUCUUUGCGCCGCAUACGCCUGCGACGUGGCGGUUUGCAAAGGUGCUGUCUCGCAUACACCACCCCGGCGGGCAUCGGCGUUGGAGCAGCAAGGGCGACGCCAAUGCUGCUCGUGCUCCUCACUCAGCAGCUACGGCGCGCCCCUUCUCCAGCUCUCUGACCAGUGCCCUGGUGGAUGUACCGCUGCCGAGGAAGAGGACGUCAUUGGGGGAGGAGGGGUCAGAGGCCUACUCGUUACCGCCGUGGGUCCCCAUUUGGCCCCACUUGUCUCCCAGCGACCCGGUGCCAACCGUAUCCCCGUCGUUACCGAGGCACCUCGAUGAUCGCCCUUCAGGUGGCACGGCAAAUCACGACGACGGCAGCGCGCGUUCCUCCGGUUGCAGGGUAGUGCCGAGUCGUCUGCAGCAAGUGAUAAGGAAGAUGAUGCGCUGCCUCUCAUGCAGUCUCGUGCGUGGCCCACGCGCAACUGAUCGUAGCAGCGGCGGAAAUGGGGGUGUGGGUGAGGUACUUAGCUUCGCCGAGGUUUACGCUCGGCGGCAGGCCUGCGCCCGCGAUGUCACACAAAGCGGGCUCGAGCGUCUGUGCACGGCGCAAGAGCUGCAGCGGCACCGGCACAAACGCUUCCGCAAAGCGUUUUGGGGAAACCCGACGGAUGCAAUGUUCGGCGUCGUCGACGUGCCAGGGAGCAUGCCGCCGUGGAGUUUGUUCUGCAACGUCUCCCUACCGCCAGUAACCCCCACCGCCUUGCCAACCACAGCCCAGCGGCAGCCGCAGCAGCGGACGAUGGCGUCGCUCCAGAAUCAGUACUACGCCCAGCUCGUGGAAGAGCAGCAGGACGCGGACAUGCCGAAAAAAUCCGGUGGCACAAUAAGCAACCGCAGCGCCUCGCUUGGCACAGAAAGAGGAACCGGCGCAGCUGCGGUGCGGUACCGCAAGCGGGGCGUGGCCGCCGAGUCUAACUCGCCUCUCAGGUCCAUGACCUGCGCAUCCCUUUCUGCGGCGAUGAACUUAAACUUCUCGUUGCCAGUGCACCCGGUCCGCGCGGCCGCCCGUGAGCGCCAGGCCGCCGCCGUUCUUCUUCAACAAGAGCGCAGCCAGGGGACGGUGCCUGUGUCGCUGGACACGGAGAUGCGCGAACCAGACCCCGGCAAGAAGCGCGGCGGAUACAAAGGAAGCAGCGGCGAGCUCAACGUCGAGGAUGUGCACUACGACGGCUGCCGCAACGGCGUGUCAGUGGACCUGGAUGACUCACUCCUCUCCAGCGAGGCGGGCUGCGGACAGAGCGCUAGACUUGCAGGCACACUACACUGGCUGGAGAAGUGGGGACCAGUGCUGACGGAGCUGCUCUACGAAACCGCCAAGGACGAUGAAAAGCACGUUGCGACAGAGAAGCGAAGAACGAGUGGCACUACUGAUAGCAGCGCCAGCAGCGAUACCAGAGGUAAUGGCAGCUCCCCCUCGACGGACGCGGCUGCGCGAGUUAGACCGGACGCGUGGGACACGGAGAGCCAACAGCAGCGGCGAUCGAAAUGGGCGAGAAAGGGCUGGCUGAUGCGACUGCUGCCGAGCAACUGGGGAUCGACGUCGAGCAAGUCUGCCCGGCCGCGUGGUGGCGACAAGGCCGGGCAUCAGAAGCGGUCUUUUAACAGUGACGACCAGGUUUCGCGGAGAAGUGGCGCUCACCACAAGCCACCGCCACCCCCCUCGCUGUCUUCGAUGCGCCGGCAGCCCUCCAUGCUCCUCUCACUCAUGACAGGCAACGUGUAUUGUCAGACGAGCAAGUCUGGCACCCUCUCGGAGGCCUCCGUAGCCGGCAGCGCGACGCGAGCACCGCAGGCUGCCGUCCCCGAAAUCGUCCCCGGCAACAGCCGCCGCUCCUCUUCGCCGUUCUCCGUCUUUGGGGCGAACUCCUCCUCCUCCUCCUCCUCAGGUGAGGGCGCGGCGUGGCCGUACAGGCAGUAUCCAACCACCCUGCACACGCCCAAUGGCGACUGGUUGAACAAAGCGGAGCCGGCGGUGGUGACUAAGCGGCUCAACCCCGCCUCACAGCCGCACUCGAACUCCGCAAUCCCGACAGACCCACUCAUUCAGCAGCUCCGCUCCCUCUACCUACUGCGAGAGCGACUGAAGGAGUCGUACUGGGAACAUCGAGAGCAGCUCAAGGCUGUACAAUCCUACAUCGACUACGAGAUCAACGAGGCGGUGCGGCGCGUGCUGAGCUUUCUCUUCAUGGUGCUUGGCGUUGUCGCCACGAUAGCGUUGGUCCUCGCCCUGUGCGGCAUGCUGCACACGCUGGACUGGGCCUUUAUUAACGGUGUGCAGCGAUCCAAUGGUGCGCUGCGGUAUGAGCUGGCGGGGUACAGUAGUUGGGACAACUUUACGCACAACUGCUGCUGCAUGGCCGCAACAGACGCAGCGGCGCGCUACCCGUACUACGCCCUGGAUGUGGAGAAUUGGGUCUGCGCCAACGGUAUCACAAAGGAACGGGUGCGGCGUGAUGGGUACGACGAUCUCAUCACAGACGGGUACGCGGUGCGUGCGCUCUGCGGAAUGGAGUUCAAGAACAACUGCAUGGUGGUGGUGGACCAGGGAGUUGCCACGCUAAAGGGCUGCGACGCCGCCGUCGUCUCUGAGAAGGCCAUGCAACGGUGGUAA